AUGGAGGAUCAAAAUGCAGGUCAUGGGUUGAGCAAGGUGCUCCGCAAGUUGAAGCCUUACCUUGCUAUGGUGUCCCUUCAGUUUGGCUACGCCGGAAUGUAUAUCAUCACCAUGGUUUCAUUCAAACAUGGCAUGAGCCAUUGGGUACUCUCCGUGUACCGUCAUGUAGUUGCCACUCUUAUCAUGGCCCCUUUUGCAUUUGUCCUCGAAAGAAAAGUACGGCCAAAGAUGACUCUCCCCAUCUUCCUGAGAUUAGCGGCGCUCGGUUUCCUUGAGCCAGUGCUUGAUCAAAACUUGUACAACAUGGGGAUGAAGAUGACCUCAACAACGUUUGCAUCGGCCACCGUUAAUGUCCUCCCAGCCAUUACUUUUAUAAUGGCACUCGCUUUCAGGUUAGAGACAGUAAACUUGAAAAAAAUACACAGCAUAGCCAAAGUAAUUGGAACCGCGGUAACAGUGUCAGGAGCCAUGGUUAUGACUUUGUAUAAAGGCCCUGCCCUUCAAAUCAUAAAGGGUCAAGCAGCAAAUCAUGGCAGUGCAAGCACCGAAUCCUCUGACCAACACUGGGUUCUAGGCACAUUGAUGCUUAUAGCAAGUUGUGGUGGUUGGGCUAGCUUCUUUAUCUUGCAAUCUUUCACUUUGAAGAUGUACCCAGCAGAGCUCUCGAUGACAUCUUGGAUUUGCUUUUUGGGUAUUUUUGAGGGUGCAAUUGCAUCACUUAUAUUUGAACGUGACAUGAGUGUUUGGUCCAUAGGCUGGGACUCAAGGCUUCUCGCUUGUGUUUAUUCUGGGGUGGUGUGUUCUGGAAUGGCAUAUUAUAUACAAGGAGUUGUGACAAGAGAACGUGGACCGGUGUUUGUGACUUCUUUCAGCCCUCUAUGUAUGAUAAUCACCGCUGCAUUGGGUUCCAUUAUCUUGGCUGAGCAAGUUCGUCUGGGAAGUAUAAUUGGAGCUAUUAUCAUUGUCUGUGGACUUUAUACUGUGGUAUGGGGAAAAAGCAAAGACAGUUUGAACACCACAGGUGGAGGGAAAAGUGAAGUCCAAGAAUUGCCUAUAAAGGAUGGUACACGAUCAGGAUCAGACAAUUUUGACAACAUUGAGGUCAAUGUUCCUGUUGAGAUGAAGGGGGUAGGAAAUAAUGUCCUAUCUUCAACAAGAUCAUAA